AUGCUCAUCGGAAUAUGUGGCGGCAUAUGUGCUGGCAAAACCUCAGUCCAGGAUUAUCUGGUCAGCGUGCACUCCUUCCAACCACUCAUUCUAAAGUCAAGGAAUACGCCGGCAGUCGAGACAUCAGCAUCACAGGCCCCGGUUCCUCGUCCUCAAGAAUCGUCGGAUCAAGUCAAGACCUUCAAUGCCGCGAACGAGCUCGUCGAUUAUGCCACGCAGCAUUGGCAGACCAAAUUCUGUACCACCUCAAUUCACGAUGAAGAAAUUCUGGAAGCUUUAUCUCAUCGACCUUUCUUCGUCUUGCUUCACAUCGAUGCUCCGAUAUCUGUCCGGUGGCAUCGAUUCAAGGAUCGAUGUGCUAAGGCUUCCAUGACACCACCCACACUUGAGCAGUUCGUCCUACGCAACGAUGACUAUCUUUUCCAUGAGACAACAGGCCGUGUAGCUCUUGCAUCCAAAGCGCAGAUCAAGCUUGUGAACUCGACAACGUCUGUGGAGAAGCUGUGGCAGGCUCUGGAUGCUCAGAACUUGACAGAUUCAAGUCGUAUCCGACCUACAUGGGACCAAUACUUCAUGACUCUGGCGUCGCUUGCCGCCCGAAGGAGCAAUUGUAUGCGUAGACAAGUCGGCUGCGUGCUAGUCCGGGAGAAGCGCGUAAUGGCGACAGGCUACAACGGCACUCCUCGCAACGUCACGAACUGCAACGAAGGAGGUUGUCCUCGCUGCAAUGGAGGUGGCGGUGGCGGAUCAUCCCUGAGCACUUGUCUGUGCAUACAUGCUGAAGAGAACGCUCUUCUGGAAGCCGGACGUGAACGUGUCGGUGGCGGAGCAGUCUUGUACUGCAACACCUGCCCUUGUCUGACAUGCUCGAUCAAGAUUGUCCAGGUUGGUAUCACCGAAGUGGUCUUCAACAAGAGCUAUUACAUGGACAGCGAGGCUGCUAAGAUCUUCAAGGAAGCUGGGGUCAAGCUGCGGCAGUUUUCACCGCCAGCCGAGGGUCUAGUCAACCUGGUGGAUGACAUGCCAACCAGUGUAGCACCUGCGACGACUACGCAGCCGUCGCAUGGCGCGAAUGGGACAAUUGCAGGAGCCUGA